AUGCGCGCGGGCCUCGCGCGGGACCGCGCGGUCUGGAAGGUUGCGGCGCUCGCGCGCCUGCGGAGCCUCGUGAAGCGCGUCGGCGACCUCGAGGCGAGCCUCGAGACCGCCGCGGCCGCCGCGCCCGCGGCCGCGGCCGCGGCCGCGCCCGCCGCGGAGGAGGCGCCGGCGCCGCGGCGACGCAAGGUCCCGCGACGGCCGGCGCACCGCGAGCCCGGCUUCAUCCCGCCGCCGUGCUGCGAGCACGUCCCCUACCGCCUCCUCUCCGUCAAGGCCCAGGUCCCGCCGACGCCGCCGAGGCUCGACCGCAAGAAGCCGCCGCCGCCGCGCGCCCGGAGCCCGGAGCCGCCGCCGAAGACGUACGUCGCGCGGGCGCGCACGAGUAUGUGCGACGCCGACGGCACGUGCCACGAGCAGCCCGCCGUGCCCUCGCCGCGGACGCGCUGGACGAUCGGCACGCAGGGCAUGCGCGAGUGGUUCGCCUUCCACCAGGCUCUCGCCAACGAGGCGGCGGCCUUCGCGCCGCGGAAGCCGCCGCUCGUCUUCGUCGGCGACUCCAUCACGGAGACGUGGCGCGGCACGUCCGUGGGCCGCCCCAUCGCGCGCGCGAGCGGCGCGCCGGACGUCCUCCGGGAAAAGUUCGGCGACCGGUGGGAUCCCCUGGCCCUGGCCAUCAGCGGCGACCAGACGCAGCACGCGCUCUGGCGGCUGCAGCACGGCGAAUUGCCCCGCGGCAACGCGACGUUCGUCCUCCUCAUCGGCACGAACAACCUCGGCAACGGCCACCUGCCGGGCCCGACGGCCGAGGGCGUCGUCGCCGUCGCCGAGGCGCUCGCGCGCCGCGGCCGCGUCGUCGUCGCGAAGAUCUUCCCCCGCGACGACGCGCAUCGCUUGGCGGCGCUGUGCCCGCCGCGGUGCGGCGAGGACGGCGGGCCCUUUGCGUCCUUCGCGCCGGCGGUGGACAAGGCGAACGCGGCCGUCGAGGCGGCGCUGCGGAACCGGCCCGGCGUCGAGGUCGUGGACUGCAACGACCUCUGGGGGUCGCCCGUCGACGUUUCGCUCGUGCCCGACCGGCUCCACCCGAACCGGGCGGGCAUGGCGCUGUACGCGGACUGCCUCCUCGCGCGCGCGAGCGACGAGCGGAAGGAGGCGCCGGCGCCGGCCUGCAGCCCCGCCGCCGCCGCCGCGGCGCUCGGCGACCUCGGCGCCGCCGUCGAGGCGCACGCGGCGUCGGCGGCGUUCCUCGCGCGGCGCAUGCGAACCCUGGGCCGCCGCGGCGGCGCCUUCGGCGCAAUCCUCGACGCGCGCGGCGCCGACUGCGAGCGGUGGUCCGCGGCGCUCCUCCGCGACUUCCUGCCGGCCCUGGCGCUCGAGAAGCACGGCGUCGCCGCCGGCGUGCCGCCGGCGCGCGGCGACGACGCGCCGCGGCCCCGCGGCGACGACGCGCCGCGGCCCUGCGACGGCUCGCGGUUCCGGGGCAAGAACUUUCUGCUCGAGGGACGGCACGAGGGCCACGACGACGACGAGCACCACCUGCGCAUCGAGCACCACGCGACGGCACCGGCCAUGCUCAAGGCCAUGCUGAGCCUCGGCGCCAGGGAGCGCGACGCGACGGCGCCCGAGGGAAACGAGACGCCCGAGGCGCGCGCCGUCGCGGAGCCGUCGCCGCGGCGGUCGAUGGGGCGCCAGCUCAGCCUCGGCGUCCUCGGCCGCUUCCUGCCGUCGCCCGUCGGGCGGCCGAGCGACGGCGCGUCGACGAAGGACGCGCCGAAGAAGGACGCGCCGUCGCGCCGGAGCUUCGGCGCGGGCCGCCGCGACAGCUCGCAGGCGUCGCUCGGCGGCGAGAACUACUCGGGCACGCUGGGCGACGCGAGCUUCGAGGCCAUGGAGGACCUGACGGCGGGCGCCGUCAAGGUGCUCGACGGCACGGGCGCCGAGUUCAAGGUGCUGCGCUGGUCCGACGUGAACAACGUCGUCGCCAUCACGGCGCUCCUCGACGACGAGAUCCAGGCGUCGCUCGCGCCGCUCACGGAGAAGCUGACGGCCGAGGCCUGCGACCACUGCUCGCUCGCCUACAUCCCGCGCGACGCGUUCCGGAAGGGGGUCCUGCCCGUGUGGCCCCAGGGCGACACGGUGCUCCUGGAGAUGCUCGCGGAGCAGGCGGGCGUCUCGGGCGUGCCCCGGAGCCAGACGGUCUGGGUCGGCGGCGUGCCGGAGGCGCUGUGCGCGCCCGAGUGGCUCGAGGGCCAGUUCAAGCGCUUCGGCGGCAUCGCGACCGUGUCGUGCCGCGCCAAGCCCAUGAGGGGCGGGCGCCACCGGUCCUGGGCGCUCGUGUCGUUCUGGACGGAGCUCGCGGCGCUCGCGGCCGCGCGCGAGGACGGCGGGCGCCUGGCGCUGCCGGACCUCGGCGGCAUCGUGCUCGACGUCAAGAUCGACGAGAACCCGACGAAGUCGCGCGCGCUGGCCAUCCUCCAGACCCAGCGCAAGGCGUCGCACCGGCGGCGGUCGUCGGCCGUCGUCGGGCGCGAGAAGCGCAAGUUCUCGGGGGAGAGAUUCGUGUCGGCGGUGGCCGCGCGCUUCUCGCCGGAGCACGCCGAGGACCCCUCUCAGCGCCGGUCGUCGCUGCUGGCCAAGGGCCGGGACACGACGCCGCUCGGCGGGCCGACGACGCCGCGGCG